ACACAUUCGCAUAACCGUAGAUUUUGCAAUUUAACGGACCCCGACACCGCCAAAAAAACCCUCGUACCCGGUUCAAAUGGAUCGCACUUAGGUUUUCACCGUCACAUUUUGUCUUUUAUUCCCCUUUUCUUCCGUUCCAAUUCCUCAAUUCCCACUCCAUCGUCAUGUCCAACAGGGUUUGCAAGUUCUAUGCCCGUGGAGCGUGUUUGAAAGGGGAUCAAUGUGAUUUUGUUCAUGAGAGAAAGGAUGGUGUAAGUUCUAAUAUAUGUACCUAUUAUCAAAAAGGAGUAUGUGCUUAUGGCAGUAGAUGCAGAUAUAAACAUGUCAAAGCUUAUGAAGCGUCGUCUUCGUCUUCAUCAAACGGACGUCAUCCUCCUGUUUCAGAUUCUGUGCUGAAUCAAACCACCAAAGGGGCAUCGAGUUGUGUUAUAAAGGUUUCAAAGUCAUCUUCAUCAGACAAGUGUGCAAGGAGUUCACAACAUAAGAAUCUGGUCUCUUCUGGAAAUGAUGUUGGUCAAUCCAGUUCUAGUGGUGCAACAUCUGGACUUUUGUUUUGUUCAUUUGCUGCUGCCAACUGCCCCCUUGGAAAUAAAUGUUCUCGUGUUCAUGGAAAUCGAUGUUUUUACUGUAGAAAAUUUUGCUUACAUCCUACUGACAGUGAGGAAAGAGAAAAUCAUUUGGCAACUUGUGAGAAAAGGGAAAAAUACCUUCAGGCUUUGAAUGAUAGUCAAGAAGUAGAAUGCAAUGUCUGUUUGGAGCGUGUUCUUUCCAAGCCUAAACCAUCUGAUUGUAAGUUUGGGCUGCUUCCUCAAUGUGACCAUGCUUUUUGUUUAUCCUGUAUCCGCAAUUGGCGUAAUAGUGCCCCAACCUCUGGAAUGGACAUGAGUAAUAACGGAACUGCUAAUACAGUGAGAAAAUGUCCUGUUUGUCGCAAACUAUCAUAUUUUGUCAUUCCAAGUGGUAUUUGGUAUUCUACUAAGGAAGAAAAACAAGAAAUUAUUGAUAACUACAAGGCAAACUGCAAACAAAUUGAUUGCAAGCAUUUUAACUUCGGAAACGGGAAUUGUCCCUUUGGGGCUUGUUGUUUCUACAAGCACACUGUGAAGCCUGGCUCGUACACAUGGAUACAUCACAGGCCACCACCACCACCACAGCGGAGACAAAACAAUCUUAACAUGAAUGAGAUGUUGGACAUGCUCAGCGAUGUUGAUUUAACUAGUGCUGAAUAUCUUUCUAUCAUGAGGGACUCGGAUCUUUUCGACGAUAUGGAUCCAUUUGGGAUCAUAGAUAUAUCUGAUAGGCUUGCUGGUGAAUCAGAUCUUUGUUUGGGCCCUUUUGAUUCUGAUGAAGAAGGGGUAGAUUUUUUUCAGAUGGCUGCAUUGUCAGAAGCACUGGUUUCUGGUGUGGACGAUUUUGGUCUUGAAGAUUUUGAUGAUGAAGAGUUCAAUCCUAUGGAGGCUGCCUUGUUAUCCAUGAUGAUGCAUUCUGACAUAGAUGAAGAUGAAGAAGAAUACAGUGAUGAGUACUACUAGAAUUACAUAGUUCCUUAAUGAGGUUCCUUUGGCUGUAUGGUGCCCUAUCAUUUGUUCUUGAAAAUCAUUUAUGAAGAAACUCCGAGAUAUAUUCUAGUUUUUGGUAUGCUAUUACUCAUGUCUAUACCUGGUAUUCGUGAUCAUAUGCCAUUUUGUAUAUUUUCUGAUAUGACCAUAUUCAAAUAGUUUUGGCUUGAGGGUCUGCUAAGUCCUGUCUCAUUGUACUUUGAACUGCGAUUGCUCUAGUAUGAAAAAUAUGGCUUGAUAUU